AUGUCCGCUUCCCAGGAUUCCCCCUCCGCGAAGGUGCUCGAUGGUCAACCAAAUCCUGUCAUUGUCGGUCCGGGGAUGAAGUCGCUGGGUGAAGAUGCCUAUACGCAAGCUGCCAAUGUCACUCCCAGUCUGGAUACCGAUAAGAAACAUCCCGUCGACAGUGAUGCGCCCUCCUACUUCGCCAAUAUUCCCGACACCCAACCCUCCGCUGAUGUCAAUUCCCCCGCCACUCCCGCCGACGCAGCCAAAAGUGCGAAAUCUCCCAUUGAGCUCCUCCAUCGCUUGAGUCUCAAUCGGACUCCUCUCGUGCCCGAUUUCGAUCCGCGGGAACAAUACCCCGGCUUGAAUCUCACCGGGAGAUUCAUCAGCGCCGCGUUCUGUAUUCCAUACAAGGUGUAUUACCGCCCUGGUUCGGACUGGGAACUGAAGCCCCGUCCAGGUACAUCCGCCCUCUUCGACUCGUUCGCAUAUCUCGGCUCCGAAGAGACAAAAUGGUCGCACACCCUCGUGGGCUGGACCGGGGAGGUUGAGCCGAUCCAGGAGACCCCCGCUUCCCUACAGCAGAUCCCUGUCAACGCAGGUGCCAAACUCCCCCCGGCGCUCAACGGCGUUGCUGUCCCCUUGAGUAAGGCUGCGGCUCCGGUGCCCGUCGACUCGAGUCAGCGACCCCCGAGCCAUCCCCUUCUGGAAGGGUUCACAGUCCCCCAGGAAGAUCGAGCCCGCCUCGACGGGCAGUUGGGCUCCGGGCGCUACGGCAAGAUCGCCCCCGUCUGGCUGUCCGACGAGUCCGAGGAGCCGGAGGAGUCCUCGACGAUUUUCCUGGAAGAUCAAGGGAAAUGGAGGCGCUAUGCCGAAAAGGAGCUGUACCCCCUGCUCCACUACAAGCAACACGGCCCCACGGACGGCCGGUCGGAGCGCAAAUGGUGGGGAGAUUACGUCCGGAUGAAUCGCCUGUUCGCCGACCGCAUCCUGGAGGAGUACAAGGAGGGGGAUAUCGUGUGGAUCCACGAUUACCACCUGUUCCUGCUGCCCAGUCUCCUGCGGCAGCGCAUCCCCAAUAUCUACAUCGGCUUCUUCCUGCACGCUCCCUUCCCGAGUAGCGAGUUCAUGCGGUGCCUGGCCAAGCGCAAAGAGGUCUUGACUGGCGUGCUGGGCUCCAACAUGAUCGGCUUCCAGACCUUCUCCUACUCGCGGCACUUCUCCUCCUGCUGCACGCGGGUCUUGGGCUUCGAGUCCAACUCCGCCGGCGUGGAUGCGUACGGCGCCCACGUGGCGGUCGACGUCUUCCCCAUUGGCAUCGAUGUCAAGGCCAUCCAAAAGGCCGCUUUCGGUCCCGCCAACAUUGAAAACGCCGUCGUCGCACUUCGCAAUCUCUAUGCGGGCAAGAAAAUCAUUGUCGGUCGCGAUCGCUUGGACAGUGUCCGGGGCGUGGCCCAAAAGCUGCAGGCAUUCGAGGCUUUCCUGGAGCGGUACCCGGAAUGGCGCGACAAGGUCGUCCUCAUCCAGGUCACCAGCCCGACGAGUGUCGAGGAGGAGAAGGAGGACCCCGAGAACAAGAUCGCCAGUCAGAUCUCCAACCUGGUGUCGACCAUCAAUGGCCGCUUUGGCUCGAUCAGCUUCUCGCCCGUCAAGUACUACCCGCAGUAUCUCUCCCAGCACGAGUACUUCGCGCUGCUGCGUGUUGCCGACGUGGGUCUCAUCACCACCGUCCGCGAUGGCAUGAACACCACGAGUCUGGAAUAUAUCCUCUGCCAGCAGAAUACUCACAGUCCCCUCAUUCUCUCCGAGUUCUCGGGCACCGCCGGACCGCUGUCCAGUGCGAUUCACAUCAACCCCUGGGACACCAUCGGCGUCGCCGAGGCCAUCAACGAAGCGCUGACCAUGUCGCCCGAGGAGAAGAGGUUGCAGCAUGUGCACCUCUACAAGCAUGUCACCACGAACACCGUCUUGACCUGGUCCAACCAGUUUGUGACUCGUCUGCUCACCAACCUCUCCUCGUUUGACCAGUCCGUGGCCACCCCCGCGUUGGAUCGCGCCACGGUGUUGAAGCAGUACCGGAAAGCACGCAAGAGGCUGUUCAUGUUCGAUUACGACGGCACUCUGACCCCCAUCGUCAAGGAUCCCCAGGCCGCCAUUCCCUCCGAUCGGGUGCUGCGGAACAUCAAGACUCUGGCCGCGGACCCGCGGAACGCGGUCUGGAUCAUCAGUGGUCGAGACCAGGCCUUCCUCGAUGAAUGGAUGGGGCACAUUCCGGAGCUGGGGCUAAGUGCGGAGCACGGUUGCUUCAUUCGCAAGCCGCGAUCCGAUGACUGGGAGAAUCUGGCCGAGAGUAGCGACAUGGGAUGGCAGAAGGAGGUGGUCGAGGUGUUUCAGCACUUCACCGAACGCACGCAAGGCUCGUUCAUCGAGCGCAAGCGGGUGGCUCUGACAUGGCAUUACCGGCGGGCCGACCCGGAGUACGGGGCGUUCCAGGCCCGGGAAUGUCGCAAACAACUGGAGGAGACCGUGGCCAAGCGUUGGGACGUCGAAGUGAUGGCCGGUAAGGCGAACCUGGAGGUGCGACCGACUUUUGUGAACAAGGGCUUCAUCGCCUCCCGGCUGGUCGAUGAAUACGGAACGGGUCCGGGACAAGCUCCGGAGUUUGUCUUGUGCUUGGGUGAUGACUUUACAGAUGAAGACAUGUUCCGUGCGCUCAAGAAGGCCAACCUCCCAGCGGACCAUGUGUACUCGGUCACGGUCGGAGCCAGUUCAAAGCAGACAGAGGCCAGUUGGCAUCUUCUGGAGCCAGCCGACGUGAUUGGGACGAUCUCGGUGCUAAACAAUAGCUCGUCUGCGCAAGAAUACUAG